GCGAUGCACGGAAGCUGCAGCAAAAACACAUGGACACACUGUGGUGCUGACAGGGGUUGUGAAUAAUAACGUUUUCAUGCUGAAGUAAAACGCAUUGUUGGAACGAUUGACGCAUUUUGUUAGCGGAAUUGACAUAACCCCGAAAGCAAGCUUUCUCUACUUUUAUGUCAACAAUACGCAAGAAGUGCUGUUGCUACACGCUUGUUUUACUAGCCGAAAGGCUAACGGUAACUGCAUUGUAAAGAAGUUAUCAACAACAAUGUCUCUGCCAGUUUGUCGUCUUUUGUUUCUCUCCAAUUUAAGUGUGUGCAGCAGUUACUUUAUAGUAUUGAAAACUCAGUAGUUAUUACUGACAAAGAGAUGGAGACAGCAGCUCUGGUUGCUCCAGUCACAGCUCUGGAGUUCCUCCAUGACACAUUUCUCCUGACAGGUGAGGGUCCAGUCUUGACAGUGUACAGUCUAAAACCUCAUCCGAAAGCCUCUGCUUCUCUGAGUCUGCUCCAACACUACAGAAUCCACGGAGUGAAACCCAGAAGUCAUGCCAUUGACCCAGCAGGAACCAACAGUAAGAAAGAGCACGGACUCGGCUCCACCACUGAGGCCAAGUUUUAUGAUCUAGCAGUGUUUGGGGGCAAAGCUGUGAGGCUGGUGAGGCUCCAUGUGAAUCUCCACGAUGGUGACCAUCUGCGCUUUGAGAUCUUGAGUCCCCUUAUGGAGUUACAGGACUGGGCCCUGGAUGUUUGCUGGCUUUCUGGGGACAAACACUCACCACUCUGUGUGGCUCUGGCCCACAACAGUGCUCUUCUCCUGGAUGUAAAUACAGGAACUCCCCUGGCUCAGCGCUCCUGUCUGGAAGGAUGCCUGCUUUACUCCUCCCUCCUUCUAGUACAUGAAUCUUGGGCAAAUGCCGUCUUAGUAGGAGGAACUGUUUUCAACCAGCUAGUUAUUUGGAAGCCUGGGGGAGGGGAAAGUUAUUCUGAAUGCAAAGCUCUAGUUGAGAGACGUCUGCGGGGUCACAGUGGGGUCAUCUUCAACAUCUCAUAUCUCCAGGAGAAUGGGUGGCUGGCCUCAGCCUCUGAUGAUCGCAGUGUAAGGGUGUGGGGUGUUGGUGCUUUAGGGGGGCCUGGGGGGCCAUGUGGGGACUUGAACCCAGCAUGUUUAAGGGUCUUAUAUGGACAUCAAGCUCGGGUCUUCUCAGUGCGUCUCUCCCCUGGUAAAGUGUUCAGUGCUGGGGAAGACGGAGCCUGUUUAGUCUGGGACUGCGCUGGAGGUGGGAAGGUGAUUCGGACCAUGAAGGGACACAGAGCAGGGGGGGUGCGUGCACUGGCAGUCAGUCAGGGGAAAGGAGAUGAAGAGAGAUGGGUGGCUACAGGGGGGGCAGAUGGAGGGGUGAGGUUGUGGAGGAUAAAGGAGAGAGAGGAGAGGAAUGAUAAUCUAGAUGAAGCAGUAACAGAGAAGCUAACUGACCUGAAGUUCCCCGAACACAGCAUGCCUAAAGGGGUCUGUGUAGUAGGAGAAGAGGGGGGAAAUCCAAGUUGGAGCCAGAGUAAGGUUGUGGUUUGCACUGAUCAAGGAAUGGUUUAUCAAUACAGCAAUGGGCAGUGGGUGACUGUAUGGAAAGGGACUCCUGAUUUUCAGUCCUACUGUGUGAUGGAAACAGUGUCCAUCAGUGUUAAAGACUCUACAUCCAAAAUAAAUGUAUGUGCUGUAGGAAACCUCAGUGGGUCUGUUCAGGUCUUUUCCCUUUCUCAUCCUGAAUCUGGGAUUCUUCUCAAAGGAGGUUCAGGAAAGGUCCAUAGUCUUAUUUGGCAAGAAGGAGAGGAAGGCAUGUGUUUGCUAGCAUCUGCUGCUGAGGGACUUGUCUAUCGCUGGUGUAUAGAGGUAAACCAAAAUGAAAACAAUUCCUUAGCUUUCAGUGUAAAUCCACUUCCUCCUUUUGUCCUUCCACCUUGUGCCAAACGAUGGCUGUUGGCUGCAGUGUGCCUCCAGUCCAGGUCACAUGAGGUACUGUGGGUUUGUGGGGACAGGAGAGGGUCCCUGCUUUUGUUUCAGGAAGCAGGAAAAGUUGUUCAAAAGAAAGGAGAUGAUGCACACGCAGAUAAAGGGAUACUAACAGGCACAAAAAGUGAAGAGGAAUUACAUCAAGAGAAGCUGCAGCCGUUAAGCUGUCUGUUUGGGGUGCAUGGAAAACAGGGUGUAACGUCAGUGUUUGAAUACCAAGGACUUCUUUACAGCACUGGCAGAGAUGGCUAUGUGAGAGUUUUUAGAGUGCAGCCAACACGGCCAGAAAAACUUGAGCAAAGUAGAAAAAAUGAUUGUGAAAAAACUCUGGAGAACAAAGAACAACUUGAGCUGGAGGUUCUGCGAGUUCAGCGGGCCUGUAAGGGAAUGGAGUGGCUGGAGAGAGUUUUAAUUCUUGAGCCUGAAACUUCAGAGCAAGAGGUCCGAGAUGAAUGUGAGACACUUUCUGAGACACAGCACAGCUUUAAAGGAGGAGAUAUACAGGAACGAGAAGCCAGGUUUGUCAUUGCUGGCUUCUUUGCUGUCCACUUUGUGGUUUGGGACCCAGUGAGGCAGGAGAGGUUAUUAACAGUGCCUUGUGGCGGAGGGCAUCGCUCUUGGAGUCUCUGGCCUUCACACAAAAGAGUUUGGUCUGGAUAUGGAGCUCUGGUCUUCAUUAAGCAUAGGGCUGUUCUGGCUUCACAACCACCUGGAAAGGAGCAAAGCUGGGACAGUGGGACAGAAGGAACUGGAGGAUGGAGCCUGAGAGAGGGCGUCCACGGGAAGGGGAUCGGGUGUGUAUGCAGGCUGGGGAGGAUAGAGGGAAGUAGUUCGGUCCUGCAAACAACUGUAAAUAUGACUGAGAAAAAGGAAGUGCAGAGAGAUCAAGGGUUUUGGGAGGUGGUGGUGACAGGAGGAGAGGAUACCUGCUUGACCGUCAUGGCAGUACAUCCCAAGACUGGCAACAUCAAAGUUCUCUCAGUUAUUACCGACCACAUUUCAAGUGUACGGACGGUAGCAGCACUAACACAUACAGAGGGAGAGUGUGUUAACCUGUCAAAGUGUCACUCAGCCUUGCUCUUCUCAGCUGGUGGCCGUGCUCAAAUGCAGUGUUACCGACUGCUGAUUGGCUGGGACAGGCAGAGAUUGGUUCCCUCCUGCCAGGUGAUCCAGGUGGCCAGUCACCGAUUGGACGAACAGUGGGAGAGGAGGCGGAACAGACACAAGACAGUGAAAAUGGACCCAGAAACAAGGUACAUGUCCAUAGUGGUGUUGGAUGAGAGGGCAGACCGUGUGCUUGUGGCUUUGGCCUGCAGUGAUGGAGCUGUCAGAUUGUUUUCUGUUAGUGAAGUUAAACGUCAGUUUGAUUUGCUGUGGGAGUCGUUUCACCACCAGCGCUGUGUGCUCAGUGUCGCCACCUGCAGCCUGGAGGAUGGAAAGGGAAACAGGUAUAAGCUGCUGUUCAGCGCUGCAACAGAUGGGAAGAUUGCAGUUUGGAAUUUAACCGAAGACUCUACCUCAUCUGACUCUUCAAGUAGUGCUCCAACUCCUCCAAGCCCCUGCCUGGAAGUUCCUGCACAUCAGAGCGGUAUUAACUCAUUGGCUGUUUGGGUCGAGAAACAUGGACAAGCAGAUAGUAGUUGCCUGGUAACUGUUGCUAGUGGAGGAGAUGAUGGGCAGCUGAAAGUGUCCCUGAUCAGGGUGCAGUACCCAGAAGAUGGGAAGACUGGGGGCGGCAGAGGGUUUUCUCAGAUUGCUGAGCCAAAUUUUUGUGCACCAACCCAGUUCCAGCCUUCAGAUCAGCUCCGACUCUAUCUCCACACCCACUCCCACAUCCCCCUGGCCCAUGCUGCCCCUCUGACUGCUAUAAAGCUCCUGUCCCCAGGCCUGGUAGUCUCUACUUCUUCAGAUCAGAGGGUUUGCCUGUGGAAGGUCUGCAGUGCCGGUAUCAGCCACAGAAAGACGCUGUGCUCUCAUGUUGCAGAUGCUGCUGGACUCUCUGUGUGGGAGGGGCAGAUGAUAGACAUGGAGGAGGUAGAUGAUAAGGAGCACAGGACAGAGAAUCAGACAGGAGUAGAAACUGAGGAUAAAACCACACAGCGUGAGGUUGACGUGUGUCUCGAGGCUGGAGAAUCUGUUGAAACUAUGAGUGAGACUGGUGACCGAAUAUGUAAGACCAGUGAUGAGAAAGGGGGUGAGACAACAAAUAAGACAGAGAGUGGUCAUGCAGUUAAGACAGAAGGUUCAGUGAACACACAGACGGGUGAGAAAGAUUGUUGUGAGAGGAGGAGAAAGAGCGAGAGGACAGGAUGGGUGCUGGUCUGUGGUCAGGGCCUGCAGCUACUCAGAGUAAGAAUACAUAUAUGAGAAAAAUGUGGAUUAUAGUGACAUUAUACAUUAUUGUGCCAACAUUUUAGGCCAUCAUUAGGUUUGUUGUUUUAGCAGUGCUGUAUUGACCGUACAGUUUAAUUAUUUCUCAAUCACUGUCACAUCCAGAAAAUAUGGAAAACAUACUUAAGCUUUAUAUUACAUUCAUUACUGUGUUUGUCCGACACUUUCUUCACUUUAUGUUACGUCGUUCCAAUCCAAAUGCCAAUGAUCACAGAAUUUGACAGACAUGAAAACAACAAAGCUUGUGGUGCCCUAAGACUUUUGUACGGUACAUUUUACACAGUACAUCAGAAAAUAUAUAUAAAGUAUCACUAACUUACUGAAUGAAAUUGUAUACAUUAUGGGUGAAUUAUCUGAAAAGGCACAAGGAGAAAGUAUCAUUACAUUUUCUGUAGAUGUACAGUUUUAUUAAAUGUUACUUGUGGUAUGAUAAAGUAUUUGAUUCUUACUGCGGUCCAUCCUGUUUUAAAACCACAUAAAAAAACCACUCUGAUUUGCUUGACCUAUCUGUGACCUCUGUCAGGGAAGCACAAAGAUAGCUGGGAUGACUGAGGAUUUAUACUAAAUAAAGCAAAACAGACAAAUAUGGCCAGAUACAUAACCUCUGUGGUGGAGGUAGUAGAUAGUAAAUUCUGUGUAUACACAUCAAAAUAAGAUCCCUGCAUAGACCUUACUGGUCCUGAUGUAUACAGGGUUCCCACGGGUCCUUGAAAGUGUGUGAAUUACUUCAAUGUUUUUGAAAAUUGCCCUAAAUAGAUAUGGGUCAUUGAAAGUGCUUGGAUUUUGUGCAAGAAAAAGGUGAAGUUGUGCCGCCGCCGAUGUGCCCUUCUGUUACAUGUGCCCUGCAUUGCAUAUGUAUGUAGACUAGGCCUACAAAGAACAAACGUUGAGUCAUAAUUGUGUUGUGGACAAGGUCCACUGUCUCUCUCUGCUGUUGACAUGUGAUUCCAUGCAGAACAAUGAGCGAAUAACAUUAAGCAAGAGAGAGCAAAUGACAUGAUGCCUGGGAGAUGCAACUUCCAAGAUCUCUGGCUCACCAAAGAAAAAUUCAAGGACUGGCUUGUCCCAGAUUCCAAGGACAAUCACUUGUCCAGAUGCAGAGCGUGCUACAAAUCAUUCAAAGUGGAUGCCAUGGGAGAAGCUGUGUCAGCACAUUCAGUCCUUGAAUUUGAGGGAUUUGGUUCUUGAAAAGUCCUUGAAUUUGAUUUCAACCAAGGUGUAGGAACCCUGUGUAUGUAGCAGUGGUUCUCAACCAGGGAAGUACUGUAAAAAGUGUUUUCUAAUGGGGAUU